AUGAGAUGUUUCUCUAUAUUUAGAAGUACUAUUGUGACACAUUUUCCUAACGAUUUCUUUUUUAAGUUCGUCGACAAUGUGGAGAGUCAUAUGUGUGUCAAUGUCGUGUCACAAGCAUUGCUUCUACAUCUUCUAAUUCACGAUGCUAGGAUAGUGUUUACAAGCUCUGCUACUGCCAAAGUAUCUCACUUCACGAUCGCUUGUUUAUUUUCAGAUCCUUUGUCAUACUAUGUGGGACGGUACCAAGCGUACUGCUUUUCGAAGCUGGUCCUUUCCACUUAUGUUGAGCAAUUAUCGAAAUCACAAGGUUUUGCCACCAUUCAUCCAGGCGUCAUUCCGGGUACAUUGUAUCGUAAUACCAACAGAUUCGUGAGGUUUUUGACAUAUAGGAUUUUGCCAUACUUCUUGAGGAAACCUGCGUUCAGUUCUUUGCUUAUCGCUCAUACAGCCUUACGUGACGAUCUCGUUGGUGGAUCGUAUUAUGAAGAUUGUGCCGUGAAGUCCUUUGGAAGCGGGUUAUCGGAAAAAGUACGUCAUUUGUGCGAUAAUAUUUUGUAUAACAUGCAUUUAUGGUAG